AUGAGCCUCCUGUCCAUGACAAGCUCGCUCUCAACCUGGAGGCCCUGGAGGACAACCGCGGCCCAGCAAAAGAAGAAGUACUACGAGACAGUCUUGGAGGAGAGGAAGGAAUUGAGGCAACAGCUGGAUGCAAAAGAAGCUCAGCACGUGGCCGCUAUCAAGGAGGCUUCUGAACAGCAACGAGCUCUUUUUGGCGAGGUACAGACGGUGCAGGAGAAGCUGCGCCAGAGGACUGAAGCUUCCGAGGAGGAUAGGAGGCGUUUGGGAGAGGCGGAGCUCUGCGCUGAAGCUGCGCAGCGGCGGCGCGACGAGGAGGCUGCCACGGCUCUGGCCCUGCGACAAAGCCUGACGGAACUGCAGCGAACCUCUGAGUUGGAAAGGAGGCAGAGGGAAGAUGCGGAGAGGAAGGCGCUGGAGGCCCGAAGCAGCGCAAGCGAGGCAGCACUUCGGACCCAAGCACUGGAGAAGCAACUUGCAGAAGCAGAAGAGCUUCUCAGGAAGGAGAAGGACAAGAGUCGACAGCUGGAGUCGCGUCUUCAAGGAAGCGAGCGCGCUGCGAAGGCCCUCGAGGACAAAGCAGCUGUGGCGGCUCAAAUGGGCCGAGCGGAGAGCGCCUCUGAACUGGCAGAGCUGAAAGCGAAGUACGCAGAGCUAAGCGCUGCCAAAGACAAAGAGCUGCAGGUGGCGCUUCUGGAGCUACAGACCUUGGCACAGGGCCAGGAGCUUCUUCGUACAGAGCUACGCAACAGUCUGCGGCCGCUUCCAUCGCCACCUUGGCCGAGCCUCUCGCCGCCUCCCCGUCCGUUACCUCGUGUUCCUACAGUUCCCUGGCACGGUCGACUUUCAAAGCCAAUUCUUCGAAAAGGUAUGGAUCCUCUUCGGACCUUUGGAGACUCCAAGCUUCCUGGCUCUCGACUUUCGCAGGCUGUGCUUCCCAUGGAACCGACGGCCCUGAGAAUGUUUGAGGAAGGAAGGCCACUGGACUAUCCCGCAGAACCUGUGGUGGCAAGACAUGCUCCUUCAUGA